AUUCAAAUAUUUUGUAGUUUAUAUUUAAAAAAAAUAGUAAUUCAAAUUAUCAAUUAAAAUAACAAAAUAUAUCUCUUUAUUUUUGGUUGACAACAUAAAAUUACAUAGAAAUAGAAAUAAUUACUAAAUAGAGAGAGAAGGGAUUAGAGAACGAAAAGAAAGAAGGAGAAAGAGAAAGGUAUUAUACACUACUCGCUUGUGAAUGCGACUGUCGCGCCUGCGCACGUCUCAUUUAACGGUUUUAUUCCACGCACUUUUUUCCACGGAUUUUUCCACGCACUUUUUUCCACGGAUUUUUUCUUACGGUUUUACUAUCACAUUUUUUUCAGUUCGGUCGCGCAGCAAAAUCCCUAUCCCCUCCAAGCCUGCCGUAAGGAACUUCGUUCCAAAAAAAUAGUCUAAUUUUUUUAAAAUUUAAAAGACGAAAAGUAAUAGUGUUCUGUGGCCAUAACAAUGGGGCCAUCCUCUUACGCACACGACACGUCUUACUUCGUCGCGCUUAAACUGAAUUCUUAAACUGAAAUUGAUUCAGUAACUGAAUUUAGAACAGUGUAAUGAGGAGCUUCUAAAGCUUCUGAAUUCAGUCGACUAAAUUCAGCAAAGUGUAAUAAGCCAAAAGGCUUAUUACACUUUGCUUGGUUAAAAAACCAUAUACGGUAAUAAAUAAAAUGCACAAUUCACAAUAUUGCGCAAUAUUAAAUUAGUUUAAUCUAUGAUUUAAUUGACCGUUUAGACUAGUUUAGAGGCCGCCUUAGCAGUUUUAAUUUGUUAAUUACAUAGAUUUAGUAUUUUAACUUUAAAUAAUUUAGUUGUGGGUACUUAUUAACUCCAUGGUUAUUUAUUAUUAAAUGUCGGUGAGAAUUGAAAAAAUCACGGAGCCCCUAACACUGGGGGAAGGGCCCCACUGGGAUGAACGUCAGCAAGCGCUAUACUUUGUGAGCAUCCAAGAUAAAACUAUACACAAAUAUGUACCAACUACUGAAAAACAUACAAAAACCAGUUUAGAUGGGAGGGUUGGUUUCAUAUUACCAGUGGAAGGUACAACAGACCAAUUUGUAGUGGGAGUCGAACGCAAGUUCCUUUUCAUACAGUGGGAUGGAGAGGAUGGCAGUAAAGUUGCUGUAUUAAAGGAAUUAGGAGAAGUAGACAAAGACAGACCUAAUAACAGGAUUAAUGAUGGCAAAGCAGAUCCUCGUGGGAGGUUGUUUGCUGGAACUAUGGGUCAUGAAGAUCCUCCAGGUAACUUUGAGAGAAACAAAGCCUCUCUUUACAAAUUGGAUUCAGCUAAAGAUGGGAAACUAGAGAAGAUUAUCGAAACUGUGUCAUUAUCAAACGGCCUUGCUUGGGACUUGAAGGAAAAGGCAUUUUAUUACACAGAUUCCAUGCAGUUUUCGAUAACGAAAUUUGAUUAUGAUGUAGAUACUGGAGAAAUAUCCAACCCCAGAAACAUAUUUGACUUUAAACAGCGCGGUCUACAAGGCAUUCCGGACGGUACAACCAUCGACACCGACGGCAACCUUUGGGUGGCCGUGUUUGGAGGCUCAUGCGUGCUCAAGAUCAAUCCUAAAAACGGAGAAAUCCUACAAAAAUUAGCAAUUCCCGCCGAACAAGUAACUUCGGCGACUUUCGGGGGCCCAAAUCUGGAUAUUUUAUUUGUAACUUCUGCUUGUUGUAAUGUUGGUAAGGAGCAGCUCCCACCCUCCGGAGCUACUUUUAUGGUCACCGGGCUGGGAGUGAAAGGGCUUCCCAAUGUCAGUGUCAGAUUGUGAACAACAUGAUUGACAUUGCAAAGAUAAAUAACAAAGAUUACAUACAUCAUAAAGAUAAAAAAUAAUAUAUUGAAGUUGUAGGUAUUUAUUAUGAAAUUUUAGUGUUUUGGAAAAAAUUGUAUUGAAAUAUUUUUGUACACUUUAUUUUGAUAUGUUUGAUAUUUUGAUAUGCAUAAGCAAAUGUUAUAUUUUAUAUAUUUUAAGUACAAUUAAAAGAGAUUUGAAAAAAAAA